CUCCUUCCAGAGCCCAAGGACCUACAGCUCCCUCCUCUGCCUUCCUGUGCCAACAACCCCCCAAAAGUUGUGAUGCUUUUCUUUACCCAGUGCUUUGGGGCUGUGUUAGAUCUCAUUCACCUCCGGUUUCAGCACUACAAAGCCAAACGGGUUUUCUCUGCUGCUGGGCAACUUGUCUGCGUUGUCAAUCCCACGCACAACCUAAAGUAUGUGUCCAGUAGACGCGCCAUCACUCAGAGCACUGCAGAGCAAGGCAGCUUCCACCCUCACCAUCUCCCCCACCACCACCUGCGCCACCACCGCCACCACCACCACCUGCGCCACCACGCCCACCCCCACCACCUCCACCACCAGGAGGCAGGGCUGCACGCUGCCCAGGUGACGCCCUGCCUGUGCCCCUUGUUCUCCUGCCAGUGGGAAGGCCACCUGGAGGUGGUUGUGCCCCAUCUGCGUCAGACCCACAGGGUUGACAUCCUUCAGGGAGCGGAAAUCGUCUUCCUGGCCACAGACAUGCACCUGCCGGCGCCGGCCGACUGGAUCAUCAUGCACUCCUGCCUCGGCCACCACUUUCUGCUGGUGCUCAGGAAGCAGGAGAGGCACGAAGGGCACCCCCAGUUCUUUGCCACCAUGAUGCUGAUCGGGACCCCCACCCAGGCCGACUGUUUCACCUAUCGCCUGGAGCUCAACAGAAACCAUCGGCGUCUCAAAUGGGAGGCCACCCCCCGGUCUGUCCUCGAGUGCGUGGACUCGGUCAUCACAGAUGGGGACUGCCUCGUCCUCAACACCUCCCUGGCCCAGCUCUUCUCUGACAAUGGCAGCCUUGCCAUCGGAAUUGCUAUCACUGCGACGGAAGUCCACUCCGCAGAAGCCGAGAUGUGA